AUUAUGCGACAGCUUUCCAUUGGAGCUGCAGGUUGUCACUCAGCCGCUCAGGGUGGGCGACACAAACCGGCAGAGCUGUAAAAAACCGAGCAUCCCAUUGUGCAGUCUGUAGGGGUGACCCAUUGACCGGUUCCAUACGCACUACUAUGGGGUGGCUUUGGAUCGCCGUGGCAACGUGUGUGCUCGCGUCCCGCUCUGUCAAAGGCGACGACUGGUGGUGGGAGUAUGAGGAGGGGAUACGACAAUACAGCAAGGAGGCGCUGAAUAAGGAGUUUCCAGAGAAAACUCGACCGGUGAGCUUUAAGCAUCCAGAGUUUCAGUGUCCGGACAUGAGUCCUUCUCCUUCUGUCCCGUCUUCAGUUGAGUUUGUGAAGGCGGCUGAUAUCAAAGUCAUCGCUGCUUUGGGGGAUUCUCUGACAACGGCCAUCGGUGCAAACGCCACCACUGUCCUCGGGAUUCCCAUCGAGUUUCGCCACGUGUCCUGGAGCAUCGGAGGUUACGGGACUUUUCAAGAUGUCAUUACUUUGGCAAAUAUUAUAAAGUUAUUCAAUCCCAACCUGCUCGGCGCUGCUCCUGGGAAGACAGUUCAUGGGAUGCAGGCUCAUAUCAGUGAGACGGGUUUCAAUCUGGCCGUUACUGGACACAACACCUUCAACCUGCCCGGACAGACGAGACAUUUGAUCGACACUCUGAGAGCUUACGAGGGUCUGAACUUUGAGGAGGACUGGAAGCUUCUGACGAUCCUCAUGGGCAUGAACGACAUCUGUGAUUACUGCAAAGACAAGGCUCUUUUCUCGGUGGAUAACUUCAUUCACUACAUGACUGUAUCUCUGGAAAUGCUCAUGAACGAGGUUCCUCGUAUGAUCGUCAACGUGGUUCAGAUUCUGCCCAUGCAGACUCUGAGGGAGGUUCAGAAGCCGACGCCGGGGUGUUUGCUCCAACGGUCUUUCUGUUCAUGCCUCAUUGAGCCGGUACCCAGAUCUCCUGAGCUGAGGGAGCUGGUGGAGGUCAAUCUGGAGUUCCAGAAACGUCUGGAGCAGCUGCUGCACAGCGACCGCUUCUUCAGGGACGACUUCGCCGUCGUUCUUCAGCCUUUUCUGAAACAGGCCGACCCUCCUCGGCUCCAGAACGGGAAGAUCGAUAUGACCUUCUUCACUCACGACUGCUUCCACUUCACCAUGAAGGGCCACGAGGAGCUGGCCAAGGGCCUCUGGAACAACAUGUUUCAGCCUGAAGGAGGAAAGAUGAUUGUGAACAGUUUCUCUGAUCCCAUCGGACUCAUCUGUCCACCGAUGGAACAUCCGUACAUCUUCACCCGACCGAUUGCAGCCAGAUCCAAGCAGCCUAAACCUCAGACGGACUCUCAAACCAUCUUCCUGCUGCUCAUCGUGGGUUUUGCUCGUCUUGGAUUCAUAUAGCUUAUGUAGCAGGUGAUACUUUGCAACUCUGACUGUCUGAGACCCCAAAAUGGAGGAAAUGACUGCAGUUUCAUCACAGAGAUAAAGUGACAGUGACAACAUGGCUGCUGCACUUUAGCAGAAAGUUUCGUAUUUAUCUUCUGGGAUUUAAUUAAGUUUCCCUCCACACUGGCAGCAACGGGACGAUCCUUUAUGUUCCAGGGAUUCAGGCUAACAGCAAACACCAAAUGCAUUUUUAAUGCAACUCUGCUGCUUUAUGCAAACUGCACAUGUUGUAAUUAGCCGAGCAUGAAGAUCACAUUUAUACAUUCAUACAUAAAAUAUUAAAGUAUUCACACUUUGCCCAGAAGCUCAGUGGAUGUUUGUUAAACUACCAUUGUUCUCUUGUGUAGUCUGAGGAAGUAUUCGGGUCCUUUUACUCAAGUAAAACUACUAAUUUAAAGUCGGCUGUAGUAACAGGAACAGUCCGACUUAAGUAAAAGUAUGUUGGGGUAGUCAGAAAAAUGUACUUAAAGUCUUAAAAGUAGAUGUACAGUGCAUAAAGAUGUCCCCUGUGACUGUUAGACUGUUAGAUAUGAUAUUAUAACAUUAUUAUUACUCGUGCAUUAAUGUAAAAGCAGGAUUUUAUUGGUGAAGCUGGUUAAGCUGGAACUAUUGGCUGCAACUAAUGGUUAUUUUCUUUCUGGAUCAGUCUGCUGAUUAAUCAAAUGAUUGUCAUUUGUUUAAAAAAAAAAAGUAAAUAGUGAGAUAUACUAGAAUUUUUUUUUGUCCAUACAUCAAAAAUAUUAAAAAUGCAUUCAAAUUAUUAAAAUGAUUGAAAGGAAAAGCAGCAGAUCUUCAUAUUUGCAAAACUAGAACCAUGAAAAGUUUUUACAUAAAAUGAUUAUCAAAAAAGUUGGCCAUUUAUUUUUGAGUAAUUAAUUAACCUUUUAAUUUUAGUUGUAUAAACUGUCGAGGAGUUUAAUUAAACAUUAUUUUGUAAAAUGUACUUACAGGAUUAAAAGUAAAGGUGCAGAAAAUAUCUCCUGGAAAUAUUUUACUGUCAAAUAUAAAAUUAUUGGAUUAUUAUUACUCAUGUUGAAGUUGAUUGAUGUGGAGCUCAUUUUAAACUGUUAGCUAAUGGUUAUUUUUUUUAAUAUGGAUUAUUCUACUGAUUACUUUGUACAUUAAUCAACUGAUUGUUUGGUUUGUAAAAAUAUCUGAAAACAGGGGAAAAUGCUGUUCAAAUAACUAAAGAACAGCUCAGAGACACCUUCACAGUGCUUGUUUUGUCCAAACCUCAAAAUUAUUCAAAUUAAAAAACCUUCAAAAUGAUCAAAUUCAUUAAACUAAAAGCAGAAAACCAUCACUUCUGUGAAACUGGAACUAUGAAAUGUUUUCACUUUAGAAAUUACUACAAUAAUUAUCAAAAUUGCUGCCAGUUAAUCUUCUGUUAAUUAACAAACUAAUUGUUUCAGCCAUUCAGAUAAAGUUUUGAGGCUCAGUUUGCCGUCUGAUUUGCAGCUAAAUGCAGUUUGAGAGCAGCUGGUGGAGCUUUGAUCAGCACUGAUUUAAAAAUGGAAAUUUGUCAUUCAGACUCUCCAGCACAGACUUUCCCUCGACGGCCCUGAAGACUCAGAAUGUUUGAUGGUGCUUCUGUCGGUUCUGUUGGCCCAGUUUACUGCUCCGUCCUGCAUUAUUCUGCACAGAUGGAAAUUGAAAGAAAGAAAACACUGAAUAUUGUACAAGCUGCUGAGCAUUGUUGUAUGAGGAUGUAUAAUCAGCUCCUAUUCACGAGCUCUCGGGUUAAACAGCAUUCAGCUCAGAAUGUAUUGACUCUGUUUAAUUGGUCUAACUGGACGGCAGGUGGAGGCUAUUUAAAGCUCGACUCGGGUUUCAUGAGUUUGUUCAGAAACGGCAGAUAAAAGCAGGUAGUUUGUUCUCAGCACGGUUCAACUGAGCAGAAUGAGGGGAUUUACAAAAACUCAAAGAACAUAAGUGGAGCCUUUAAAUGAAUGAGGCCUCUUUCUAAUGUGUUUUUAAGAUAAACACACUGACCAGAUGAGUAUGAACAUAGCGGUAUCUGAAAAUUUCAUUAGCCGCACUGUAAAAUAGAUUAUUUUAAAGAUACAGUGAAAUCUGGCAUUAAAUCUGACAGAAAAAGUUUGCUUUGAAAAAAACAACCAAACUGUGGGAAACUGUGAAAAAGGAAAUCUAUAUAAUAAUAUAAUAAUGACAUUUUGAGCAAAAAUAAAAAUAAUUUUAAAAAGCAAAAAUUUCAGGAAACAAUGCAAAAGAAUGAAUUAUCAAUUGUUAAAAUACGGACUUUUAAUUCAUGCAGACAUUAUGUAUAGUUUUAGCUGUUUUUUUCCUCUUUUUCUUUUUGCAGAGUUUUUUUUUGCAUUUAUUACUUUUUCUGGGAUUUUACUAGAUAUUAUCUACAUUUUAUAAAUCAAAGAAGACCUUUGAAAUUAACAAUUAAAUGCUGUUUUUUUCUCCUUUUUUCUUUCAAAUAAAAAAAUAUCUAUUAUGACAUAUUAUGCUAUAUUAUAUUAUAUGUAUAUAUCUUUUUUUCUGAUUUAAAUACAAUAAAAUUGUGUAAUUCUGUGGUCCUACAUUGUACUAGAACAAAUUACCAUUUGGGGAAAUACUGAUUUUUGAUGUGGACAUUAUUGACAACUUCGAUUAUUUUUUAUUGUAAAAGCCUUAGUGAUUUUAUUAUAUAUUUUCUGUAGAAUAACAAUUGUAAAAAUGAUUGACCAUUUUCAUACCUUAUAAUAUACUCUAUGAAAUAUAAUGAUAAUAUAUAAGAUGUGUAUAAUAAGAAUAUUUUGGCUGAUUUUCAUGCAGUAAAAUGGUCACAUUUUACAAUUGAAUGUUGUGAAGGAACAAUAUAAUUUUUCAAAAAAUCAAGA